AUGCGUGAGGACAAAAAUAUGGAAUAUCUUGUCUGUCGACCGUUAUCGAGGCGGGUCCUGCGGGUGCUUGUUCUGGUAGCCUUGGUGCUCAUCGCUGCAACGCUGGUGCUGCACCGGCGCCUUUUCGUGCAGCGGCGGCGGCUGCCUUCUGUGAGCGCGGCACUCGAGAAACCCGCGUUUCGCCUUUGGAAGACAGGUGACGAACUGACGGAGCAGGUUCUGGAAAAGCUAUCGCUGGAUAGAAAAGAUCACUGUCUCGUGGUCGUAGGCCUCGAGAAGACGCCACGGAGCCCGGGGCUCGCGCAAGUCGUUCAAUGGUUCGCUCAUCAGCCGAACGUGCUGCACCUGCAAGGCGUUUCAGAGGUGGACCUGAAAGAUGCUUACCGAAGGGAUAUAGCCGAAACUGGGUCCUUGGCAGAAAGACAGGAACGCGUCUUCGCGUUCACAGGUCCGGUCAAGUUGGAGUCAAUAGACGCGCAGGUUGCGUGCUCCGUUUCGCACUUACUGGCACUGCUCUGGGUCCGCAGUGCGGGUUGUCGAACAGCGCUCUUACUUGAAGACGACGCCUCGCUAGAAAUUCUGCCGCUAUGGGAAAGCAAUGUUGCCGAUCUUGCUGCAGCAGCAUGUACCAAAGACCGACCAGUCUUACAGAUGGAAUUGAAGCUGGUGUCUCUGCUGCGUGCUGGCUAUUCUGAGGAACUCAAGCUCGAGACUCUGGGCAUCAAUUGUACUGCGAGAUUUGUGCUGCCCCAUAUUCGGCAUCUAACUUAUGGCACUGCAGCAUACGCGAUAUCGGCGCUCGGUGCAGAGCAGAUUCUUCAGCGGUUUCGUCUGGACGCGAGUCUGAGCACAAUCGAUGUGAACAAGGUUAUUCAAUCGGGAGGCGUCGCGGAUGUGGAUGUCAUAUAUAACAAGGCGACUACAAGAGUGCUCUGGCCACCUUAUUUCUUUGAAUACGGAGAUGCAAAGAGUUACUUAACUGGGCAGAGCAAGAAAGAAUGGUACUACCUGUCGGCAUCCAAGGCAAUCGAAGCGAAUCUUGAGCGAGCUGCCCUAUGCCGCCUCUUUUCGUAG